AUGGCUUCACUUGAACCCAAUACUUGUUGUACGCAAGGUAAUUUCCAUGAGGGAGAAUCAAUGGGUCACUAUAAAAAUCUUUUCGGCCUUGACACUUAUCAAAUCGGGGAGGAAAAUGGAAAUGAUAGAAUCAUUGUUAUCUUAACAGAUAUAUUUGGUUACAAAUUCAACAAUAAUAAAUUGAUCGCUGAUGAACUUGCUAAAGUAGGAAAAUAUCAUGUACUUGUUCCUGAUCUUUUCAACGGUGAUGCUAUUCCACCGGACUUCAAAGUUGAUUUCAUUCAAUGGAAGGCUGCACAUUCACCCGACAAGGUUGGACCCCUUGUCAAAAACUAUCUAGAUACUUUAUGCAAAGAAUUGUCUCCGAAGUUUCUUGGUGGAAUAGGCCAUUGCUAUGGUGCGAAGUACGUCGUUAAGGAGGUAAGUAAUAGUGGGAACUUCGAUGUAGGUGCAAUUGCACACCCAUCACAUAUUACCAUAGAAGAAGUGAAUGCCAUUGAGAAGCCGAUUCUCAUAUCUGCAGCACAGAUAGACUCAGUAUUUACCACUGACCUUAGACACCAAACAGAAGAGAAACUAAUUCAAAAAUCGGAGUCUGAAGGUCUUAGAUUUCAAAUCGAUUUAUUUUCAGGUGUAUCUCAUGGUUUUGCAGUUAGAGGAGACAUUUCUAAUCCUGCCGUAAAAUAUGCAAAAGAAAAGGUAUUAAAUGACCAGCUCGUAUUUUUUGGCCAGUUUUCUUGA